AUGGCGAAACUUCCAAAGACAUAUAAUUCUUACUUUAUAGCCUUCGUGGCGACCGUGGGCGGAAUGUUGUUCGGAUUCGACAUUUCGUCCAUGUCUGCAAUCAUAGGCACAGAACAGUACAACACGUUUUUCAAUAAGCCGGCGGGUAUUGUCCAGGGCGCUAUCGGUUCAUCGCUAGCCGCGGGCUCAGUCGUUGGUUCAAUCAUCGCUGGUCCAAUCUCUAACAAGAUUGGACGGCGUGAUUCGAUCAUGUUUGCGUGUCUCUGGUGGCUGGUUGGCACUGCAGUGCAGACAGGUACGAAUGGCGUUGGCUCUCUGAUUGCCGGCCGUGUGCUUAACGGUGUUACCGUCGGGAUUACCAGCUCUCAAGUGCCCGUUUAUCUUGCAGAAAUCUCUCGCAAGGAAAAACGAGGUAGAUUAAUCAUUAUCCAGCAGUUGGCAAUUGAAUGGGGUAUCUUGAUCAUGUUCUUCAUUGGCUAUGGCUGUUCGUUCAUCCCUGGUCCGACAGCUUUCCGAACUGCAUGGGGAAUCCAAUUUGUCCCUUGUGUUUUCUUGAUGGCCGGUCUUCCAUUUCUCCCACGAUCACCCCGCUGGCUCGCCAAAGUGGAUCGGUCCGAAGAAGCCAUCAACGUACUUGCUAAAAUCCAUGCGGGUGGGGACAAGAAAGACGUUCUCGUGCUCGCGGAAUGGGAGGAUAUUUCCACUACUCUCGCCCUCGAGCGUGCCGCUGGCUCUGGGUUUGGCAAAUUCUACAAGAAUGGAAUGUGGAAACGAACACUGGCGGGCUUCACCGUCCAGAUGUGGCAGCAGAACUCAGGAGCCAAUGUAAUGACAUAUUAUGUUGUUUACAUCUUCGCAAUGGCUGGUCUUGAAGGCAACAUCAAUCUCAUUGCGUCUGGUGUGCAAUACGCCCUGUUCAUUGUUUUUACCACCAUAAUGUUUUUCUACAUCGAUAGGACUGGCAGGCGACCCCUCCUGAUAUAUGGAGCACUCGCAAUGGGGGCUUGUCAUUUCUGCGUAGGUGGAAUUCUGUCGGCUGGUGAAUCUGUCCCGGAAGGGGUUGGGGGAAACCCUAACGUGUUGAUCAAGGUUACUGGUGGCAAAGCCAACACUGUGAUCGCUUUUUCCUACCUAUUGAUUGUCGUCUACGCUCUGACUCUGGCGCCCGUGGCAUGGAUAUAUGCAGCCGAAGUUUGGAGUCUAGAGACACGCGCCACUGGUAUGGGCAUUGCCGCGCUGGGCAAUUGGCUUUUCAACUUCGCUCUUGGGCUCUACAUACCACCUGGUUUUCAAAAUAUCAAAUGGGGAAUGUUCAUUGUGUUCGGAGCUAUGUGCAUUCUGGCGGCCAUACAGUUCUAUCUGACCUACCCAGAAACCUGCAACAAAACACUCGAGGAAAUCGAAAUAAUGUUCUCUCACGAUGGGCCAAAGCCAUGGCAUACCAAGCCAGGCAACUCCAGGCUCGAUGAUAUGGUAGUACAGGCUCGAGAGAAGCAUUCUUCUGUGGACCACGGCACGGUGGGAAAACCACAUACACUUGACGAUGGUAGUCAUGUGGAAAUGGCUAGUGAUAGAGCCACUCGUGAUAUUGUCUAA